AUGUCUGCAGGUAAACAUGGCAAAGAGACCCAUGGAUUCUUGCUGCGACAUGGUAUUCGAAUGAAUCUCACCGUUCUCAAUGCUCUUAUGGACAUGUAUGUCAAGUCGGGAUUUAUUGAAUCAGCUGCAAAAGUUUUUGCCAGGUUGAAGUACAGAGAUCUUGUUUCGUGGACUGUGAUGAUAACAGGGUACAGCUUACACGGACAAGGAAAGAUCGGAGUAGAUUUGUUCUGCCAAAUGGAAAAGGAAACGAGUAUACAGAUCGAUGAAAUCACCUAUGCCGCUGUCCUUCAUGCUUGCGUUGCAGCACGCAUGGUUGAGGAAGGGAAGUUUUACUUCAACUGCAUCAAGACACCUACGGUUGCACAUUGUGCUUUGUUCGUAACUCUUCUAUCGCGUUCUGGGCUGUUUGAUGAGGCGAAGAACUUUAUUGCCGAUAAAAAGAUCGAAGGAGAUCCCGAGGUACUGAGAGGACUGCUAGACGGCUGUAGGAUUCACCGGCAACUGAAAUUGGGAAGGCGGGUUAUCGAGCAGCUCUGUGAUUGGGAACCUCUUAAUGCCGACAACUAUGUGUUGCUUGCCAACUGGUAUGCUGAAAAUGCAAAACGAGACAUGGUCGAUGAGGUUCGAAGAAUGAUGACAGACUUGGGUUUGAAACCUAAUAGAGCUUAUACUUGGACAGAAAUCAGAAACAAAAUUCAUGUGUUCGGGACGGGGGACGUAUCGCACCCAAGAUCACAGGGAAUAUACUGGGAGUUGCAGGUGUUUGAUGCAGAAAAUGGAAGACGGAGGAGAUCGACCUGA